AUGUCGGCCAUCUCCCAGUCUCGCGGCGCUCCCGACCCCUCGCUCACCGACGAACCGCGUCCUCUGCCUGGCGCCCCCUCCGGCAUCAAGGUCAUCAUCGUCGGUGCUGGCAUCGGCGGUCUCGCCUGCGCCAUCGAAAGUCGCCUCGAAGGCCACGAGGUCAUCCUCUUCGAGCAGACGAAGGAGUUCAAGCCGCUCGGCGACAAUAUCGGUCUCUUCCCCAACUCUGGCCGGUUCGUCAAGCGCUGGGGCAUCCAUUACGAGCUCUCCAAGUCCUGUGCCUACCCCGACGGUCUCCGCUGGUACCGCUACGAUGGCCAGUUCAUCACACACCAGCGGCAGCAGAAGAAGGGCGAGGACAUGGGCGACGCCAACCCGUUCAAGGACGCCCCGCUGUACGACACGACUCGCUACGACUUGCACCAGCUGCUCAUCAAGAGGGCGAAGGAGCUUGGCGUCCAGAUCCUGAUGAACAGCCGAGUCGCGAAAUACGUCGAGGAGACCGACUUUGCGGGCGUUGAGGUCGAUGGCAAGCUGUACAAGGGCGAUGUGGUUCUCGGAGCUGAUGGCGUCAAGUCGAAGGCUCGCGAGCUCGUCCUCGGUGUCUACGACGCUCCUCGACCAAGCGGUUACGCCAUCUUCCGCACCUCGUACUCGGCCGACCGCAUCCGCGCCAACCCCAUCUGCGCCCACCUCGCGCCCGUCGACGAAGACGCACGGAGUAUCUGGAUCGGCCCCGAUGCGCACUUCAUCAUCGGCACGACGAAAAGUGGGAAGGAGAUGCACUGGCUGCUCACCCACUUGGACAAGGCGGACGUCGAAGAGUCGUGGAUGUACCCUGGCAAGGUCGAGGACGCGCUGGAAUAUGUCAAGGACUGGGAUCCGGUUGUCAAGGCUGUCAUGGAGACCACGCCGGAGGGCGCGUUGGUCGACUGGAAGCUCGUCUUCCGCGACCCACUUCCUCGCUGGGUCUCCGAAGGCGGGCGAACUUGCGUUCUUGGCGACGCAGCGCACCCGUUCCUUCCGACUUCGCAGCAAGGCGCCAGCCAGGCCGUCGAGGAUGGCGUCACCAUCGCGCAUGCGCUUUCCAUCGCCAAGAAGAAGGGCCUGCCCUUGAACGUCGCGCUCAAGGUCUACCAGACGCUGAGGUACGAGCGGGUCAAGCGAGCGCAGCAGCUCGGCGUCGAUAACCGCAACAGGAUGCACAAGGUCGACUACACGAAGCCCAUCGAUCCCGAGGCUGUCCAGCUGCAGUUUGCGCUGUGGCUCUGGCAGCACGACGCAAUCCAGCAUUGUCACGACAACUUCGACUCGGCUCUCGUCGCGCCGAUGGUCGACCAGCUCACCUCAGCGUCGCCCCCGGUCGCACAGGCGGACAAGCUUGCCAUUGAGCAGCCUGUUGUGGCCGCAGUCGCUGCCGCGUAG